CUCUGCUUCUCUCUCUCCCCAUCCAAAAUAUACACAAAUUUCUCCCAUUACUUUCCACACCUAUAAAGUCACAACCAGGCCCUCAACUCAAGCAUCUAUAUAUCCAAAAUCCCCCACUUGUUUCAAUCCAAACCAACCCAACUAACUCUCUCCCCCUCUCCUCCUCUCUCUGUAAAACUAAGAACCCAGCUCUACAGUUGCUCGAUUUUUCGCCAUUAAAUUUAAGCAAGGAUAGCCCCAUAAUGCAGCCAAGUAGUCCCUUAAUCACCCUUUCUCCAAGCUCUCCAAGCUUCAACGCCUACUCUUCAAACAAGCUAGCAGAGAUUGCAGCAAGGGUGGUCCAAGAAUUCACAAACGAAUCAGAGCAAGUAGAAGGCGCGAACAACAACAUUUUCUCUUGGCAAGAACAAGGAGGAGAAGAGCAAAGCAACCGCCCACAAAAUGACAACGAGGAUGGGGAGGAGGAGGAUGACUUCGAGUUUGCAGUUCUAAGUAGGCCAGAACCACAAUUCCCUCCGAUUUCUGCUGAUGAUAUCUUUUACAACGGCCAAAUCAGACCCUUCUAUCCCUUAUUUAACACCAAGUUACUCUUAGACGACGAAGAAUCCCUACCCAAAUCGAAAACUGCAACCAAUAGUACCCCAGAUGCCAAGAAACCAAAUAGAUCACCCCUCAGAAAGCUCUUCUACGAGGACCGUGAAACCUUUUCGUGUUCUUCAUCGGAAGCUGAUGAUAUUGACAGCCUAGAGCCUGGAACUUACUGUGUGUGGACGCCAAAGAAGGAGAAGGGGUCUCCGGGGAGCUGCAAGAAGAGCAGCUCUACAGGGUCUAAUUCAAAGAGAUGGAAGUUCAAAGAUUUUAUUCACCGGAGUAAUAGUGAUGGCAAGGAUACUUUUGUGUUCUUGAUGCCUAAUAACAAGAAGAGUGGCCUCCAUCAUCAGAGAUUAGGCAGCGAUGACCAAGAUGGGGACCGUAAUAAACAGGGCACGGAGAAAAGAAAAGAAGCGAAAGGAGCUGGAGGAGGUUUGUUUCAAUUUCAAGAACAUUAUUACGUGAGGAGUAAAGAAGGUGAUAAACGCCGCUCCUAUUUGCCUUACAGGCCGGAUUUGGUGGGGUUUCUGUCUAAUGUUAAUGGGGUGGGAAGGAAUCUUCAUCCAUUUUGAGAGGUAGCGGAUGAUUAAUAUAUAUAUUCUUCUUCUUUUUUUUUGUUAUUUUUCCUCUUUAACAACAAAUUUUGUGUGUAAUAAUUUUAUUUUUGUUUUCGUAGUAGGGAAUCAUUUAUAAUUUCCAGCAUGGAUUUUAAUUUUGUGUGCAGAUAAAAUAAUUCAGCUGUCGUGAUGAA